GAAAAUGGUAAUGCUAAUAUUACUUAAUUAGAUUUUGAUUGUAUGAACCAAUACAAUUUCCCUUAAAUAAAUAUAUUUCUCUUCUUCUUCCUCUGCCUCAGCCGAACUCCGCUUCCCCAACCCUCUUCUAUCUCUCUUCACGUCUCAGCCGCCGCACGCCGCCGCGUCUCCCAGUCAGCCGUUCCUCCUCGCGUUGUCGCUUAUCUGACACCCAGACCGAGCGGAGCCGACGUCUCCUUCGCUGCCGUUGGAGUUCGUCGCGCCGCCGUGUGGUUGUUUCACACCCGCCGUCCGAAACCUUCGCCGCUGCGACAGCGUUGCCCAUCAGCCGCCGGCGGUCCUGUCAACCACUGAAGUUAUGUACAGAGUUUGGGAAUGGGUUUUCUAGUAAUCUUAGCAUUCAUCUUCGUCGAGUUAGGGCCGAUUUCACGAUAGGCAGACGCUGAGCGGAAAAACAAGAAGCAAACCCUGGAAUUUUGGAACGAAGAAGAAUCGCAAAGCAGUGUCGUGGUUUUAGGGUUUAGGGUUUAGAGUGCUUUAACCUUCUUCCACAUUUCAGCUUAUGGUUCGAACCACUUCCCCAUUUACUUGCAUUUUCGAUUUCAGUUCUGGCCGUUUAUGUCGCUUUACCAACUUACUAUCUAUAGGAAUCUUCUGCACUACUCGUAUGCUAAUAGAAUUGCAUCUAUCCCAGUUGGUAACUCUCAAAUCUGGCCGCUUUAUGCCAUCAAAUGCUUCAGCCAUCAGUCAUCUAGUACAAAUAUCUCUCCUGAUGAAGUGAAAGUGGGGGAUGAAGUCUUGAAUCAGAUUAUUGCUCCGAGGGAAAAUGCCUCAAAUUGUAGCCAUGAGAUCGUUGAUGCUUGCAUUGAUAAGAUUUGUAGACUGGGACAUCUUGCAGCUGCCGCUCAAUUACUUAAAUCAUUGUGCAAUGAGAAAAUAUCUCUUAACUCUUCCAAGGCAUAUGAUAUGGUUUUGCUUGCAGCCAGUGAAAGGGGAGACACUCCCCUUUUAUGUCAAGUUUUUAAAGUUGCCGUAGUUUCAUGUAAAUCAUUGAGUUCGGCUUCUUACAUGAGUUUUGCCAGGGCCUUUACCAAGACAAAUGAUAGUAGCAAGCUGUUGGAAUGUGUCAAAGAAAUAGUUGAGGUUACCUCUCAAAACUGCUCAGUUAUAAACAGAAUUAUCUUUGCCUUCUCCAAGUGUAGGGAGAUCGAUAAAGCCUUUCAGAUAUUUAAUCAGAUGAAGUGUCUGUCAUGCACACCAGAUCUUUAUACAUACAACAUUGUUUUGGAUAUGCUAGGUCGUGCAGGUCGUGUGAAUGAAAUUCUUCAUUUAUUUGUUUCCAUGAAAGAUGAAGGCAUUGCUCCAGAUAUUGUGUCUUAUAAUACACUGAUAAAUAGCUUAAGGAAGGUGGGUAGACUAGACAUAUCCUUGAUUUACUUCAGGGAAAUGGUUGCAAUGGGAAUUAAACCUGAUUUGCUUACUUAUACAGCUUUGAUAGAGAGUUUUGGUCGAUUUGGAAACAUCGAGGAAGCUUUGACACUCCUCAAAGAGAUGAAGCUUAAGAAGAUCUGUCCUUCGAGCUAUAUCUACAAGUCCCUUAUUGCAAAUUCAAAGAAGAUGGGGAAGGUGGAAUUGGCUACGAACCUUCUCAACGAAAUGAAAUUAAGUGAAUCAAAACUUGCUCGUCCGGAGGAUUUCAAACGAAGAAAAAGGUAACCAAUUACAAGGUUUCAAAGCAGACUUUGAGAUUGAUAAGCCUGUGAAUGUCGUGGCUUUAAUCUUCAAAGUGAGAUCUGCCUAAGUGACUGCAUCUACAGGUAAUAUCUGUACCUAUUUAUCUACUCUCAUAUGUCCGACAUGAAACACACAAGUUGUAAUAGAAGUCUUAUGACGAAUUUUGGAGAUUCAUUCUGAGACCAAUUUAUGAAAACCUAAGAUGAAUAUUUGGUUUGUUUAA